AUGGCAGGGCAGAGGAAGGCUGGGCAAAGGCUGGAAAGGACAGAGCCCGCCCCUGCACGGCCGGUCGAGGAGGAAUACAUCAAGGACUUCAUCAAUUCACCUCAACGUAAAGCUUUGAGCACCCCUUCCUUCUUGGUGGUCAGUGGUUCCCAAGGCAUUGGGAAAUCAACCAUGCUGAACAAUCUCAUGUGUGAGCAUGUGAAGAAUGGCAAAAGGGUGCUUGCUCUUGAUAUUUCUGUUCGUCCUGGUGAGACUUGCAGUGCCGUCGUGGUAUACCUGCAACUCACAACCAAAAGCCGCAGAGACAAAUUUAGUAGGGAUGCCUGUGAUGACAUUGCUUCCACCCUCGGUGCCUUCGCUCGCAACAUCACCUACGACAAUGCAUAUCAAGCAUCCUUCAAUACCAAAGCCAGUUUGGCACAAAUUGCCGGUUCGUCCUUCCAAGCGGUCAUGCACGAACACAGCCCGCAAGGGCUUUUCCGGAAGGAACAGAGGAAGGCUGGGCAAAGGCUGGAAAGGACAGAGCCCGCCCCUGCACGGCCGGUCGAGGAGGAAUACAUCAAGGACUUCAUCAAUUCACCUCAACGUAAAGCUUUGAGCACCCCUUCCUUCUUGGUGGUCAGUGGUUCCCAAGGCAUUGGGAAAUCAACCAUGCUGAACAAUCUCAUGUGUGAGCAUGUGAAGAAUGGCAAAAGGGUGCUCCCGCUCAAGAUGUCAAGCCGUCCUGGUGAGGACUUGAAACUCAAUGAAGCGCUGCCCAAAGCAUUGCAAGCAGUAAAUUUGCCGCGAUACUACCCAGAACAAGUGGAGUAUAUGCUGGAAAAGGUGAACGAGACGUGCAAGCGCCGAACAGGCAGUGCCGUGGUGGUAUACCUGCAACUCACAACCAAAAGCCGCGGAGACAAAUUUAGUAGGGAUGCCUGUGAUGAUAUUGCUUCCACCCACGGUGCCUUCGCUCGCAACAUCACCUACGACAAUGCCGCGUGCAAGUUCAUUUUGGAGGAGGUGGCAAAGCAGGGAAACGACUUCCGGACGCUGAACAAGGUUCUUGCCGAAGAUGACAUGGACGAGGUGUUGAAGCACUACUACAUCCGCGCGGGGGGCAACUUGCGCGCCUUGGACUUGAUACUGGAAGACGUCUCCAGAGAAGGUCAGAAAGGUGCGGAUGCGGUCAUCGAGCAGGUUGAGCAGUGGUACAACCGAAGGGUGGAACCAAUUGAAAAGAAAUUGGAUGACCAGGAAGUGAAGAACUAUCUCCUCAAGGUGGCUGAGGCAGGACCCAUGGGGUAUCUCCCAAACAGCAAGCAGACGACCCAAAUGACUUUGAAUCUUCUUCGUGAGGAGCCAGCAGACUGCGUCCUGAGGAGUACAACCAAUUUAAGGGUGGCUUUGAAGCAUUGGCAUUUCGUCGCCAAGCUCUUUGAAGAGGAUGAGCAGAAGUUGAGGGAUGCAGGAUACAGGAAAAAGAACAAGAAGAAGGAGAAAAAGAAAAAGAAGGACAAGAAGAAGGAAAAAAAAGAAAAAAAGGAUCCCUAUUCCAAGACGGCGCAAGAGAAGGCUCGUUUGGAAGCACAACAGCGACUCAUGGGUAUCGAUACCAACAAGAAACCAAAGAAGAAAACCAAGAAGAAGAAGUCCAGCAGUGAAAGUGAGUCGGAACAGGUCCGAAAGAUGCAGGAUCGCCUUGAAGACAAGACGAUGCAACGGGAGAUGGAAUUGGCCGAGGAGGCUGAGAAGGCUGCAGAGCCCAUUCCCGAGAAGUCUUGGGAGGAGAUGACGUGGGCAGAGCGAGGUGAUCAAGCGGCCCAGCAGGCGGAGUCUGACGCCAUUUGGAAAGGUGCCUCCAAGGCAGAAGCCAAAACCUUGGGCAGCCGCGCAAGGGAGAAGGUCAUGUUGCAGGCAGUUGAGGCAUGGCCGAGCUGAAGACAUCGACAACUGGCUGGGGAUUUCAAACGUUCUGGCUGUGUUUG